AUAACGGUAGAGAAGCAAAAGCCAAACCCUACCGCCAAACCAAUCCUGCCCUAAAAAAAAUUAGUUGCUCCAGAGACCAUAACAAUAACAAUGGGAACCUCUGAAAACGCCGUCAGUGGGGGCCGAGGCACCACCGUCCCCAAAGAGGUCGACUAUGCCAAUUAUUUCUGCACCUACUCCUUCCUCUACCACCAAAAAGAGAUGCUUUCUGAUCGUGUUCGCAUGGAUGCUUACUUCAAUGCCGUUUUUGAAAACAAACAUCACUUUAAGGACAAGGUUGUUUUGGAUGUGGGAGCUGGAAGUGGUAUUCUUGCUAUAUGGUCAGCACAGGCUGGUGCAAAGAAGGUCUAUGCUGUGGAAGCUACUAAGAUGUCCGAACACGCCCGCGCACUUGUCAAAGCAAAUAAUCUUGAAAAUGUAGUUGAAGUCAUUGAGGGCUCCAUGGAGGACAUUACCUUACCGGAGAAAGUUGAUGUCAUCAUAUCUGAAUGGAUGGGCUAUUUUCUUCUGCGAGAAUCUAUGUUUGAUUCUGUUAUAUGUGCUCGUGACCGCUGGCUCAAACCAACAGGAGUCAUGUAUCCCAGUCAUGCUCGCAUGUGGAUGGCACCUAUCCGGACUGGGAUAGUAGAACAAAAAUUGGAUGAUUACCAGUCAUCUAUGGGUGAUUGGCACAACUUUGUCGAUGAAACAAAAGCCUGCUAUGGUGUUGAUAUGAGCACCUUGUCAAAGCCUUUUGCAGAGGAGCAGAGGAAAUACUAUCUACAGACAUCAAUGUGGAGCAAUCUUCAUCCACAUCAAGUUAUAGGAACUGCUGGUAUAGUAAAGGAAAUUGACUGUUUGACUACCACAGUGGCGGACAUAGAGAAAGUCAGAUCAAAAUUUUCUCUAUCAAUAACUAUGGAAAAUACAAAAUUGUGUGGAUUUGGAGGGUGGUUUGAUGUACAUUUCCGGGGACGAACUGAGGAUCCAGCUGAACAUGAGAUUGAACUAACUACCGCACCUAGUGUAGAUUACUGUACACACUGGGGCCAGCAGGUUUUCCUUUUAAAUCCUCCUACACAUGUGGGUGAUGGUGAUGAGUUAAGUGUUAAUUUUCUCAUGAGUCGGUCAAAGGAAAACCAUCGUUUGAUGGAGGUUGAGCUUGGGUGUGAGAUUCAAAAGCGUUCGGGCAAGCUUGUUGCACCUUUCAAAAAUAAGUACUACAUUGAAUGAUAGUUUAGAUUCCUUUGUUCGUGCAGCUUCAAGCAGGAAGGACAAUCACGUGAUUUGUAAUCUUAUGGAACUGGAUGGCUAUUAAGGGUUGUAUAAGUUCAAUUUUGUUUUCAGAAGAAAGCUGUUCCGUUUUGACACGCGACUCUUAAGGAUAUUUUUAUGGCAUUAUUUGGUGAUAUGGUUGGAUUAAUCUCGGAUUGGUACUUGAUCCCAACACUCAAGCUAAGCUUGUAGCCCUUUUUGUGUUAUAUAUUUAUGAUAUUAUUUACUAAUGUUUGUAUUUAUUGGUUAUUUAAUUGUGGGACGUCUGAUUGUUUUA